AUGGAUUCCGGUCCUCAGUUUGCCGUAGACGGCGGUGGCGGCAGAUCUAGUGGAAAAGUCUAUAAACGGCGGAGAAGCGCUACCAGAAAGACUCCAUAUGACCGCCCCACUGCGCCUCCCCAACUAGAAAGCCCUAAUUGGUUAAAUGGACUUGUUUUCCCUGUCAAAUUUGUUGUUGGUGGUGCUAGUAAACAUUUUUUGUCAAUUUGGAACCCCAAGAGUUGGGCCUUGCAUUCGUCUUCUUCAGACAACAAUUCUGGGGGUGUUGAAUUGAACCAGAAUAAAGGCGGUUCAUCUCGAAAGAGCAUAGUUACUAGAAACGCUCAAGUAGUCAUGAUCCUCGUACCCAAUCAGGACGUACCCAAUCGAAGCCAAAUCGUCCCGGUACGUGUUGAGAUUAUCAUUGCUACACCUAGAAGAUUGAUUCGUAUGUUGGAGUCUCAUCAUACAAACCUAAGGAGGGUGAAUUACCUUGUGUUGGAUGAGGUAGAUAGGAUGCUUGACAUGAGUUUUGAACCUCAAAUGAAAAAAAUUGUUUCACAGAUUCGACAAGAUCGUCAAACAUUGUAUUGGAGUGCUACAUGGCCAAAGGAAGUCGAACAACUUGCAAAACAGUUUCUUUACAACACAUACAAAAUAAUGAAUUCUGAUGCUGGUAAUACCUCUCAAGAUGGUAGGGGCGCUGAUGACCGUGAUGAAGAUGAUGAUGAUGAUGAAUAUGAAGAUGCUCGUGAUGGCAAUCGUCUUUUGGAAUUCAUGUUUGGAAAUAUUGACGGGGCUGGUGAUCUUGAUAUUGAUUACCUUGAUGAGGAUGCAAAGGAGCAUCUUGCUGCACUAGCUGAUAAGCUUGGUUCUUCACUAACAGAUAUACAUGUAUACAACUACUUUCUACUUCCUUCAACUUGUGUUUAUGAUUAG